CGCAGUGUUAUGACGCGUUCAGAGCUCGCCAUCAGAAAGUUGCAGCACAUUGCUAAAGGCAGACACACACGCGCGCGAGUGACAGCAGCGGCUCUGCGCGUUCGGUUCCGGCGCUCGCGACGCGCCCGUGACGGCCGGUAGAGCUACAGCCGGUGUUUACCCGCGACCGGGAGAGUGUGUAUGUGAGUGUGUGUGUUCGCUGAAGGUGUGAUGGCGUCUGCAGGUGAGGGCGGUGUGGACUCUAAAGCGGAGCUCAGUACUCUGCUGGAGCAGUGGGAGAGAGAGCAGCAGGGGGCGUCCAGCGAGCUGCUCAACAUACUCACCAAGAUUUCAGAGCUUGUUGAAAGAGAGACGGAGGAGUAUCAUAAGGCAGAUCCUGACCCGUUUGAUGAUCGCCAUCCAGGCCGGGCAGACCCAGAGUGCAUGCUGGGACACCUGUUGAAGAUAUUGUUCAAGAAUGAUGAUUUUAUGAACGCGCUGGUGAACUCGUAUGUGAUGAGCAGCCGUGAGGUGCCGCUGAACACUGCAGCCUGCCGACUCCUGCUCAACAUCAUGCCGGGACUCGAGACGGCCGUCGUCUUUCAGGAGAAGGAGAGAGUGAGCCCAGCUGAUUUGGGCGCCAGCAGCAAGGUGAGCCCAGCUAAGCCAGGAUCCAGGAGUGCACUGAAAGUAGGCCGCGCAUGGGCAGAUCGUGAAUGUGGGAACACGGGGAACAGCGAGGUAGCUGCCCGGAGUGGUGUAAAGACUGAUUUGGACAUCGGCGUCAAGAGACAGGUGUCAGCCGCGCUGCAGGAAAUGAGAGUAGAAGUGCGAUGA